CCCACUAGAGAAAAAGAAAUCAAACCAGCAGAUGUUCAAAAUUAGGUGAAUGAAAAGCUGCACAAGUUGUCCCCCCCCAAAAUCAGCAGUGAAAUGGCUCCUCAGAGAGUGAUGACUGGGCACAUGUUUUUGAGAAUUCCUUGGGGUUUUCUGCCCAAUUUUAUUCCGGUAGGAUGUUUCAUUUCUUAGGUAUCUAACCAAGGAGGGCUGGCAGAGGUGAGUGCUUCAGCUGUAGAGCAAUCUUGAGUUGCUAAAGACUCCUUAGCAGGGUGAAGAGCACCAUGCAGCAAGUCCAGCUGGGUUCUGAUAUCCCAUAAUUUAGAAGAGAUCCUAAAACCCCGCAGUGGACAGCUCUGCCCUCUCUAGAUCUCCUCCUGGUCUUUACUGAAUCAGUUCCUACCUGGUAACAUUCCCCCCAGCAACAGUUCUAGCAGGAAUCAGUAGGACUCUGGGUGGCUUCUAAACAAUUUGAUUUUCAAAUCUUGGCUUCCGCAAUUUCUUGAGGCAAAAGUUCCACAUUUGAAUACACGUAGUGUUAAAAUAAAUUCCCUUUAUCAGUUCUGCACUUGCCAGCCUUUCAUAGACUUGUAAAUUCACUUAUGCAAGAGGACUUAUUUCACUCUGUUCCAGGAACUAUUCUAAAGGUUACUUGGUGCCAUAGGGAAUUUGAAGAAAUGAAGGAUCUCACUUCCUGGAAGACCUGAAGGAUCGUUAGUGUAACCUAGCUGUGAUCCAUCCCACAGAGAUGGCUGAGAAUUUUUGCAGUAGAACAUCUUAAUUUUAUUUUUUCAUUGCCAGAAGAAAUGCAAAGUUCAGAGGAAAAGAGCUGAUUUAACUCAAGUAUGUGUUGAUCUAGUCAGGAAAGGAGGGACUGUUUUGGUUGUCACAGGUUCCUUCAGUGGCUCUUUAUGACAGUUCUAAACUUCAAAAGGACUUGGACAGGAAUAGUUCUCUUAAACUAUCAAACUUUAAUCUAUAAAAAUUCAAAACCUCUUAUAAUCAUGAUUUAAACUAGAGCUUCUGUUUUCUCAUGAUUAGUGAAUUAUAGACAUUUUAGGAAAUGGCAAAUCAAUUUUAAGGAUUAUUAUGGAGGGGUCCUGUCAUUAGAUUGCUAAUUACCAGAAUUUGUAAUUUAUAACACACCUGCUGGAAGGCUCAUAGUGGCUUUUACCACCUUUAUCUUGAUAUCAGUAGCAGAGCAAUACAUCCAUCCAUUAAGGAUUUAGAAGUUAUAAACAGAGCCUUGACAUAAAACACGGGCAACUAUAACCCAGAGGGAGACUUGGACAAGCUUGUGGCAAUUAAUAGAACCUUGAAAAAAUGAGAGUCCCAGCUUUUCUUUCACAGAAACUAAAUUUAUGCAGAAAACCACAAAUGAUGUUGACUCACUUUCUAGUUUAGCAAGUGUUUAGUAACACUGAGAGGAAAAGUAAACAGCACUGUUGGUUUGUGUGGGAAGAGCCGAAGGGAUUUCCGUGGUGUUGUUCCAUCGAUGUUUUUUAAUCAUCCAAAAAAAUCCCUUUUGACAAGGUUUUAUUUUUUGACAGACUUCUGAUCAUACACAAAAUUUCACCUCCUAAACUUGCUGGUUGCAUUUUCCCAGGCCAUGACCUGCAGCUGAGCUCAUCCCCAGCGGGGCACGGCAGGACCGGGAGUUCCAGGCACAGGAUGUCACCAAGGGCCUUCAUCGAUAUUCUGAUCAAUAAAUGCCCAAAGAAUGCCAGGUCUUGCACUGCAAUUAUUAUUAUUAUUCUUUCUUAAUCAACUGAAAAUGCAGCUUUUCAUCCCAGAGUGUGCCUUAAGUGCAGCAGCAUCCCAACUUUGCCAACCCUCAAACGGAUUUGGGAUGCAACCAUCAGUGUGUGUGCAGUCCACACCAUUAGAGCUGGAAAGGGAAGAAGUUACAGCAUCUCUUUUUGUGCUGUUUGUGGGGCUCUUGGGUAUCUUUUGAACGUGAAUGGCCCUGAGGAAGCCCCAGAGUGAGAGCUGACGUCCAUAUCCGCAUGGUUAUGUAAAUUUUAUGUUCCUCAAAGUUGAAAGUAUGUGAGCAGAAAUAUAGAAAAUUAGAGGAAUCAUGUUCUAUCAGGCAACAAUCUGUUGGAGCACCAGAGCAUGGACUGUGGGAGAUUGUCCCCUCAUGGCUGAGCCCUGCUCUGUGAUAAAGUAAAAAGUUAAAAUGUGCUGGGGUUCAUUCCAUUCCUCCUGAAGAAAAUUAUUUUCAGUAACAGCUGGAGCUUGCUCUAACCCCACCUGAAAGCUGCUGGAUGGAUGGAUGGAUGGAUGGAUAUAUAUUCCUGCUCUCUGAAUAGUCCUGGAAUGAAUCCACCAUUAAUAAAACCUCUCUCAAAUAUUGGGAACUUUCCUGCUGGAAUUUGCAGACCUUUGGCCUCUCUUCUGCCCAACAGCAGCACCAGAUCCCUGGGCUCUCAGAGGAAUCAAACCAGCCACCUGAGGUGCAGCAGUGCAGCUGGUAAAGGAAUAUACUGAGACCUGUAUAAAUCAGUGGAUGUGAGGCUGGACAGAGCUUUAAGGGAGAUUGUUUCUCUUCCAGGUGAGUUCCCACACCACUGAACAGGAAAUCUGGAAUUUCACAGCUCUUGGUGAAUCACAGUCAUUGGGCCUUCAUCUUCCACGAGGAACGUGGGCUGGCUCUGAUCCUCCCUGAGUCUGCUCCGUUGGGAACAAGCAAAGGUCGUUUCCAUGGAAUACUCAGGAGCAGGGAUAAGAUGUUUUCUGGCUUCUUCACGUCUAAGUUAUCAGUGGAAGGCUUUGCUUGCCAUACACCUGGUUUUAGGCCCUGUGAUGGCCACUGAGAGAGUGAGCAGGUGGAUGUUCUGCUCUCACUGAAGGUCAUGGCAGUGAACCCUGGAUCCAUGGAAUGACUCUGAAUGCCACUUGAAUCAUCAUUAAAACUUCCACCUGAAGCUUCUCAUGUCUCCUUCUCUCUUCAACAUGUUCAGUGAUUAUUUUCUUCUCCACAGGCACAAUCAUCAGGUAAUUAUUAUUGAACUUGGAGAUUCUCUACAAAAUAAGGCCAUUUCUUAACACAUGACAUGUAUCAAAAUAACACCAAUUCAGACAGAUAUAAAAAUGUAAAACCAAUCAUAGAACUAAAAGAAAAACAAUUCUAGAACUAAAAAAUGUUGUAGAAGGCGAGGUCUAGAUAGGUAUAAAUCAAAGGCUGCCAACAGCAUGGUACAGCCAGUGUUUGAGGUGUCAACCUGAGCUAUUGGAGAUUAGAUUGGGUUCUCUGGCCUUCUGAGGGAUCUUAAACAAAUAAUGUGAUUGCUCUUUUCCCGUUUAUGGGAUGUAGAUAACACUCUUUCCUUGAAGAUGUAGAGUGAGGUAAGUACCAUGAAGAUCACACAGUUCCUGGAAUAUGGGAGUAGAAAAAUGCCCUUGAACUGAGGUUGUGAUGUGCAGAGGUUUGGAUGUGUAGCAGCUCUGUCUCUGAGUUUUCAAUUCAAAGUAAUUUUCAUCUGGUUUUGAGAGCUCCAGCUGUAUCCCAGAGGGUUGGAAUGCACAAACCUGGGGGUUUCUGUAUGUUAAAGCCCACUAAAAAAAGCAGUUUCCACACUAAUAUUGUCUCCCUUAAUCUAGCAACAUUAUGCUAAUUUUUAUGUAAUUCUAUUAGGGAAAUAAGAUUACAAAGCUUUUGUGAAGAGCUGUUUAUAGUACUUGAUAUUAUUUUAAUUACCUUCCCAUCUCAUUUCGUUCAGUGCUUAGUGCUCGAACGCCAAAUUUUCAAAUUAGAGCAAUUUCAAGUAGCAUUUUCAGGAAUAUCUGCAGCAUUUCAGAUCAUUGAAAGGAUUUGCUGACUCGAGGUGUUGGCACUGAUGAGGUGACAGAAAUAGUGGAGCCCUUGUUCAGCAGCAACCUCACACCAGAGGUGUGGCUGACAGGGAGGGUUCCAGGAUGCACAAAGGAUGGUUUAUCUGGGACACUGGGAGAAGAAUAUUUUAUAGGAUGUUAAGACAUCCACAGGCUUGAUCCGUCAUUUUGCAGCCCUUUAUUUCUAUAUAAUCAUUCUUUGCAUUUUUACGUGGCCACCUGAAAUACUUAAAGUAUUUCUAGUACAUAAUUAUUGUGUACUAAUUGCACACUAACCUGAAUACACUUUCAUACAUUUCAAUAGGAGAAAAGGAGCCCUAGAAUUUUCCUUUUCAAGCUCCACAUUUUAGCCUGAAUUUCUGAUGUUUUAAAUUUGGCAGAGCUAUCAGAGCUCACAGAUUUCCUGCUCUAGAGCUGGAAUUGCUGCUGCAAUGAUCAGAUGUCAGUGCUGAAUGUGGAAAGCCCAUGAACUCAGCUGAGCUGCUUGGCAGUAUCACAGUAUAAAAUUGUUACUCAUGGGAAUUAAUCUUUUGUUAGGAUGACAGUGAGAAAUGAGUUAAAUCAGAAUAAAUUCGGACAUAACAUGGCUUUACCUGGGUAAUUGUACUGCUCACCUGAACUGCUCUGCUGGUUAAAAUCUCCCUGUUCCCACUGAACCCUGUAUUUUGUUCCAGCAGUGCCCUCUGCUGAGAGCAUGGAACGUGUGUCCCAAAGGCUUUUUUUCUCCAAGGCUCAAGUAUUUUAAAUCCAGUUCUCAAAAAUCAUUUGCCUUUACAAAGAUAGAGAAAGAAAAGAUAUAAUGAUAUCGAUGUUGGUUUAUUAAUGUGCAAGUCACACAUUAAAUAAACACAAAAUAUCCUAUAAUGAGCAUGAGUAGUGAUGUCUGCUGUUGUUUACCUACAUUCUCAUCCAGGAAUUAAGGUGGAAAAAAAGGCAUUUUCCUGACUGCUUAGGCAGGAGCUGAGGGCCAGGUUGGUGACCCAACACUGAUGUUCUUAUUUCAGCUCCAUCAGCCACACACUCCCCCCUCCAAACCCACAAAAUUCUGCUCUCUGUUUCCUGAAUCUCUAAUCCUUUAUCAUCUAAUUUAUUGGUGAGUUAAAGCUGAAUUCAUAUUAAUUAAAUUUUAGACUAUCCUUAAAGAAUUUUAAACUACUGCUGUGAUCAUUCAUCCUCUCAAGAUCUGGCCAGAUUUCACUGCUGGCAGAGGUUGUUUUCAGCAGCUCAUCCGUGUAGCAACAAAUAUGUUUUCCAGUUUGGGCUGUCCUAGCAACUGAACGGUAAUUGGCGAUGCCCUGAGGUGGCAACCCAAAUAUUUAAUACCACACGUGGUUAAAGUUUAAUCCACUGUCAUGAUGAUGAUGAUGUGGCAACAGAAGCUGCGCGUCAGGGUCCAUUCCCCACCUGGGGAACAAGGUGGCAGCAGCUCUCGUGUGGUGUGGUCUCUCACGGAGUAUGGGAUGAGUGAAGCUGACCUGGCUGAGGGCUGAAAGGAGGAUUUUCCACCAUGAAUGGAUUUCCAAACUGCUCUGCUAACUACACAGACAUCUGGAGUCAUUCUUUGGUGCUUGCCCUGGGCAUCCCCCAGCUGACCAUCAACGUGGCGUCUGUGCUCUUCAACUGCACCGUCAUCCUCACCCGCCUGGCCACCAAGGACCUGCACAAGCCCAUCUCCAUCCUCUUCUGCAAUUUGGCUGUUUCUGAUCUCUUCACCAGCUUCUCUGGCUUUUGGAUUUCCACGCUGUUCAUCACCAACCCCGACAUCACCAUCUUUGGGUCCGAGGACAUGCUCGCCCCUUACGCCUUGUACACGACGUCCAUUUUAUCCACCAUCUACAACCUGGUGAGCAUCGGGGUCGAGCGGUACCUGGCUGUGGCCAAGAGCAUGAGGACGAGAUUCAGGGUUGCCAGAAACCACUCCAUAGCCGUGGUUUUCACCAACUGGGUCCUUGCUUUCUUUCUGGGCUGCUUGCCACUGAUGGGGUGGAACUGCCUGCACAGGGAAAAGAGCGUCUCGGUCCUCUACAGCCCCUUCUGCGUCAACUACCUCUUCUUCAUCGCCGCCCCCAACUUUGUGGUGGCCUUUAUCAUACCUCUGUUCACCUACCUCAGAAUCAUCAUCAUCCUGAGGAGGAGGAAGCUGAGGAUGAAGGCGUGUGGGCAAGCCACCGGCACCUACAAAUCGGCUGAGACCCAGGUGGCCAGGACCAGCAUCUUCAUCUGGCUGCUGGCGCUGAUCUCCUACGCCCCGUUCUUUGCCGGGGUCAUUUUUGAUGCCACCAACCACCGGUGCCACGUCGACCUCUACCCGGGCGUCUACAUCUUCAGGAACUGCACGGCCAUGCUGAUCACCAUCAACUGCCUGGGCAACCCCCUCAUCUACACCCUCAAGCUCAGAACCCUGGGGGCCAAGCUCAAGGCUCUGAAGUGCCUCUCCACCAACAGCGUCCGAGCCUGCGCCAUCGAGCACAUCUAGGUGGGGCUGCCCCUGCUGCAGCACUGCCUGGCCUGCCCAGCGGAGCCAGGGGGAGCUCUGCAAUCACUCCAGAUCCAGGGGGAUUCAAAAAACACGUGGAUGUGGCACUGGGGGGCACAGUUUAGUGGUGGGAUGAUGGUUGGGCUUGAUUUAGAGGUCUUUUCCAACCGUGUUUCCUGUGAUUCCAUUCCUGAAGCCCAGGUGCUUCAGCACCCAGCGAGGGGGAGGUGUUGGGGUGCAGAAACCAGUGUGGGCAGCCCUGAGAGGGGGGCUGGACUCUGUGCCUCCCAAAGCCCUCAGCAGCCAGGAGCUGUGCUGCCUGGCUCUCCUUGGGCAAGUGGCUCAGUGUGUGCCCCUGGUCUGUGUUGCCUCCAGCUGGGAGCAGGGGAGCUGUUUUCCUUGGAGAUAAAAAUAACUCCAUUAGCCCUGUUUACUUUGUGCUGCUGCUGCUCUCGCUUCGCUGCCCAGACUCCCAUCCCUGUCGUGUGGUUUGUAUGGCUUUGAAGGCAGUUAAAUGGCUGGAAAAUUCUCAGCAGUCUGGGGGAAAUUGUCAUUUUACUUUCUCAUUUACACUCAGUCAAAUUGUCUCUUUGACUGUUGGAUGAAUCUUUAUUAACAGGGCACUCAGCCCUGUUUUCCUGGGGUAAUUUUCACUGCAGUGUGUAGCUGGAUUACAUGUUUUUUGUGAGACAUUUGUGGCUACAUCUUUCAUAUUUCUGCUUAUAGAGGCACACUUGAGUCCAUGGCUUGUGAAAUUUGUGCUGUUCCAGGUGACAACCUUGGCUGGAUCCUUCAGGAUCAGAACUGAAGUUGAGUUGCCUGUGCAAAACAAAAUAAAAAUGUCAAGACCAAGCAUUUUGUAAAAGAAAAA